GGCCAAGAUCUAAUUUUGAGUGAGUCACCAUCUUUCCUUGCCAGAGACCCCCUGGACAGAAGUUGUACUUUGAAAACCUAAGUGAGUAAUUAGGACUUCUGUAUUUUAUCCUUUUUGUUUUUAUCUGUUGUUGGUGUAAAUAAUUUGUUUAUCAUAUAUUGUUAUAUGCAUUGUGACUAUCUUUUGCUCAUAAUAAACAUUCAUUUAUUAAGUUCUGCCUUUGUCUGGUUAAGAAUCACGUUACCUGAAGAGACUAGUUAGUAUUUUUGCAAUAACUUAAAUAUUGUACUAAGUAAUAUUUGGUGGGUUUUAUUAUUGAUUUACCUGGGGGACCAAGGCACCCCAUUUAUAAAUUGUCUUGGUGGUGGCAGCGUUAAAAUAGUAAUAGUUAUAUUAUUAUGUUUAAGUGUGGGUGGAUUUUGUCAUUAUUUCCGGUCUAGUGCAGACAAAUAGUGAACUUUAACCCUUUCACCACCACAACUACGUCACGCGAACUCUUGGAGUAGGGUGCGUUCGUGACAUAUACCAUCUAUACUACAAUUUCCUGAUAAUCUCUAAGUGCGAUGCACAAGAUGUGUUGUCUUUAUGGGCCUCAAAUGCUUUUUUCCAUUGGUCUUUACUUAGGGGAUGCCCUAGUUCUUUGUGCCACGUUGAUUGGAAGGGCAUUUCUACCUUUGUGCUAUUUGACCGGAGCAAGUUAUAUAAUGUGGAGAGUAUCUUUUUCAGUGGUGUGUGCAAGGCAUAUUGUCUUUAUUGCGGAGUUGUGUGGGGAUAGGUUUUUUGUAACUAUAACCCUUGUUAGGAAGGACUUCAGCUGUAGGUAUGAGAACACGGCUCUAUUGGUUAGCUGGAAGAUAGCUUGGAGUUCCGGGAAAUGCAAUAGCUUGCCUUCCUUGUGUAAAUGUUUUAUUUUUAUACACCCGGCCCCUGUCCACUGUGUGUGGUCGAAAUUUGGAAUCCCUACUGUUAUACUGGAGAUUGGGGCCUUGGUGAAACUGAUUAAAAUUCUCCCUGGUUGCCCUUUAUCUCAUCCCAUGUUUUUAGAGUCAGGGCCGUGGUUGGGAGAAUAUGUGUUUGUAGUGGGCAUGCGUGUUUGGGGAGCCAGAAUAAGUUUCUCAGGCCCUGCUGACAUGCCCAAUGAGAUUCCAGUAAUGUCCAUUGUGGUGGAUCACCAGUGGAGGUCUUGACUGCCGCCAGUUGUGCUGCUCUAUAGUACUCACGGACAUCAGGCAGUCCCCUCUCCCGUAUUGGUUGUUGCAGUGUUGUUGUGGCCACUCUAAUUCUCCUCUUCAUCCAGACGAAGUGGACGAAUAGACGUUGUAGUGAGUUUAGGUAUGUUUUGGGUAGUUCUAUGGACAAGGAGCGUAAUAAAUACUGAAAUUUCGGGUGUAGCAUCAUUUUUACCCUGGCUAAUCUCCUCAGCCAGGAAAGGUAUUUGCCUUCCCAUGCGGUCAACGUGGUGGUGAAUUCUUUUAAGAGUUUGCUGUGGUUCAUUUCAAAUAGUUUGGGCAGGUGGGAUGGGAUGUUUAUGCCCAGGAAUGUCAGGUAGUCAGUCCUCCAAUCAAAGGGGAAUGCCUCUGUCAGAAUGCACAGCCCCAUAGCUUGUGUCUUGGAGACAUUGAGUUUGUAAUAUGAGUGAUUCCCAUACUCUCUGAUGGUAGCCACUAGGUUCAGAAGGGAUAUGUGCGGUUGGAUCAGAUUCAGCAGAUCAGAUCAGAUCAGAUUCAGCAACGUCGUCCGCAAAUAGUUUUGCCUUGUAUUCCCUGUCUCGCACUCUUACCCUGUGUAUUGAGGUGUGCUGCCUUAUGAUGGACGCCAGUGGCUCCAGUGCCAUCACAUAAAGUAGUGGGGACAGUGGGCACCCCUGGCGGGAACCACUGGAGAUGCUGAAGAGGUCUGACACAAAUCCUGCAUUCAGGACACGACCUGACGAUGCAUGAUACAGGGCUCUGACCGCCGAGAGGAUAAAAUUUUGUUUUUGAAUGACCGGUCAAAGAAGGUGACCAACUAAUUCAUCAUUAAUUUUCACUGAAGACAUGAAUUAGCAAAGUAAACCCCCUGCCAACUGUAAGAUCUGUAUUUUUGUAGUAUUUUUCUAUUCAGACUCUAAGUGGCCAUAUUUAAUGUUUCUUUUCCACAAAAAUUUGAGAACAUUUUUUUGAUUAGUUCGUCAUAAUCGAGAAAAGAAAUAUAAACCCAUCUGGCAUAAUUAACUAUAACCUUACAUGUGUGGAAACCUGGAGUGUCCCUUUAAUAAUAUACAGGGGGCAUGGGGCUUAGGAGAAGCAGAUGGAGAUUGGGGCAGAAAGACUGGGGAUUAUGGGGCAAAGAAAAACAUAUACAUUUGAAAUAAUAGCAACUAUAUUAAGAACAAACAUUUCGCUUAUAUGAGGGUACAAUUUAUGGAAAUGGGCUGCCGAGGGGUACUCGAGUGAAAAAAGGUUGGGAACCACUGACGUAGACAACUUGAUGUUUAAAAUCUGUUAAAAUCCAUUUAUUGUUAAAACUAGCUCACUUUUUUCAUAGCCAAAAACUAUUUGAUGCCAACAUGGGAUCAAUUGCAACAUCUGCUGCUACCGUUUAUUAUUUCUGCCCUAGCUGGAAUCAUUAACUGCUGAUUUGGGCCAAAAUGAAACUUUGCUCUGUUUGAUGGAGUUUGACCCAUUGUUUAUAUUUGAUGAUGUUCCCAGUGUUUUGUUUGUGAGGAGAAUCCAAAGUAUAAGAUUAGGGAUUUAACAUCAACAAAGCAAUUUACUAAACUGUGAAUUUUCAUAGAUUAAAUAUGAAUGGAAAACUGAGGCAAAACAGCUGAUCCGGAAAAAUUCUCCAUGUUGACAUUAGUCACACAAAUUGGCUACUUUUGCCUCAAUUUUACAAUUUGGAUUUAUUUCGUGAAAAUUCAGAGUUAAGUGAAUACUCCAAAAAAUGUUUUUUUGUAGACAUGAAAACUUCAGUUUAUUUGUAAAGUUUAUAAGGCACUGCCUAUAAGCCUCUUCUCAGUAUUUGGCGGCAGUAAUUCUUAUUUGGCUGUUUUUAUAAAUAUAACAUAUUUUACAACUUUACUUUGAUGGUAUUACUGUUUGGGCAAUGAUUUUAUGGUUUGGGUAAUUAUUGCAAAUCCAUUUUAUCGCCACAUUCUUCUCACUUGGCAACACAAUGAUGUGUACAGUUUAUGAGAUUCUGAUAUACAGUAUAUUUGUGGGGCCAUAAGCAGUACAUGUUAUGUAUGAACGUGUUGUAUUUUAUCAUCAUUUCAUUUAUAUAAUAUAUUUUGCAGCGCUUUACAAUGUUUACUAAUGAAAAAUAUGUGAAAUAAUAUUAAUUUGCACUAUAGGUAUUUUAGCUGCCCCUCACCCUGAUUUUGUUCUCACUGGUAUCAGCCAUAUGACCUUUGAAGUCCCUGCAGGCACUUCCUAUCUGAUUGGGCAUAUGCCCAGAAGUGGGCGGCUCAUACAAUAUAUCUACCAGUGGAUGCCUCUCCUGGAUCACAGGAACAGCUGUAACUAUUGUGGUAAGAGAGCUGUUUGCAUUAUUUCUGUGGACCCCAAAGAAUGAGAUUUAUUUUCAUUUGCUAUAGUUACUCCAGAUAGCCUAUGGUGGGGUGGGGAGAAGUUGACAUGUAUUUGUGGAUCACUAAGUGGAAGAAGUCGAACAAGGGCAGUAGUGGGUCGAAGAAUAGUGUGUUAAAAAGGGGAAAAUAAUGAGUGUAGAGGGGACAGUGCAGAGGAAGAUACAGAGUAUUCUCUGCACAAAAAGUUACAGUCAUAUUUUCUAUGUAGAUCUGAAGAUAGAAUGAAGUUUAAUUAAGGAAUGCUGAAUAAGUGAAAAGGAAUGUCAGUCAAUGAUUGUCUAGUACAGAAACACUUGAGAUUUCCUAUGUCUACUUUCCAAUGGGUAAUGGCUGGGUAGAGUGACUGCUGUGUGGAUAAAUAUCCUUAAUUUAAAAAAAAAAAAGGUUACGUUUUAAUGCUUACAAGACUUAUGUUUUAUAAUUUUAGCAGUGUACCAAAAAUAAACGUUUUCCUUUAAAGUGUUAUUGGAGUAUAUAUAAUGUAAGGUAGAUAGUAGGUAGUUGGGUUGAUAGUAAGUAGGUAGAUAUGUAGUUAGAAAUUAGUGGUUAGUUAGAUACACAGUAGGUAAUUGCAUAUAUAAUAGGUAGGUAUACACUAGGCAGUAGGGUAGAUAGUAGGUAUAGGAGAUAGUUGUAUAUUUAGUAUGUAGGCAGUAAAGCUAAUCAGAGCAUGUUUGGUGAAGCACAAGGACCCAGCAUGGCAGACAUAUUUGGGCUUUGGAGAAGAAAGAAAAAUAUAUAGGACAAAGAUAUAAAGAGAAACAAAGGAGUGGAUAGGAAGGAUAGAUACAGCAAUGAUUAUUAAAAUACAGAGUUCUCAUGGUGCAAGGUCACUGGAGAGGGUGAAAGUCAACGACUUCAGUGAGCAAACACGCAAUCAUUGAGAUGUUGGGCUGUGAACAGAGAAAGUACAGGGACAGAUGACGACAUGGACCUCUUUAUUGCAUUUUUUAUUUAUAUUGCAAAAUAAUAGCUUAUUCACUAGUGAGUAGGAACUAGUAAAGUUACUCUACCUAGAAUGAAUGUCUGUUGCUAUUUAGCAUAUCCCAAGUGGCAUGGCAAUAUUUAUUUCUGGAGAAUUACUUUUGGCAUCAUACGUCUCAUGUUUUCUUUUUACCAUUGCCCAUGAAUGAAGUACAGUUAGUUUUUCUUUGAUCUCAUACCAAACUAUUUCUGUCCACUGGCACGGUCUCUGUUUUACAGGUUGAAGAAAAACAUACAUCGCAAACAUGAAGAUCCUGAUUUUAACUUUAUCGGUGCUGUUCAUCUCAGGUAUGUGGAGACGAAUCCCCAAUAAACUAUUACUUACUGAGUGUAUUGAACAUAUCUUAGUAAACAUAUUCAUCCGUUUAGAACUCCCUAAAUUAAUAAAAAGUAUCAGGUACCUUGAAACUUCUCCAUUAUUGAUCAUCAAGAUUUUGUUUGAUAAAUGAUAUAUUGGUUGACAUGCAGAUAUACUAACAUAUGUGUGCUAUGAAGGCAGCAAUAUAACAUGAGAAGUAUUAAGGAUGGACAGGGCAGGAAUGGAGUGAAAUGUGCAUUAAUGCCAUUGGCCUCAGAUUUGUGUAUUCAAGAGAUAUGAAGAUAAAUAACACAGAUAUUUGGAAGGCUGAUGAGCAGCAAGUUUCAAUAGCCAAGGUAAGAAAUGAUAAGGGCAUGAACAAGGCCCUCACCUGCAGCUUGCAUUAGAGAGGAGUGAUAGGCUUGAAGUUUCAUCAGACUGAACGUAGGGAUAAACUGUGAGACCUGAAUGGCAAGUAACUCCAAGGCAGUGCGGCUUAGGCAAUUGGGGUAAUGGGUGUUUCAUUCACCUGUAGGGAUGUAGGGAAACAGAUGGAGGUGGAAUAUUUGAAGAGGGAAAGAUAAAAAGUUCAUUUUUAGAAAGUGUAAUCAAACGGAAGAGAUGCAGAGAUAGAACAUAGGCCACAUGUGAUGCUAAAUGUAGAAACAAGUAAAUCAUUAGUUACCGUUACUUUCGUGAGAGCUGUUUCAGAAGAAUUAAAGUAGCUGAAAAAGUAAUUUAGAUUGAUAUAAACAAGCCGGUCUAGAAGUUUAGAACCAAAGGGAGAUGUCAUAAUAAUUUCGUUUGGAUAAAUAAAAUACUUGAAAGGCAUUGACUACCCACAGUGCAACAGGAGGUUGGACGUUUCUUGACAAUUAAAAAUGAACAUGCCUGUAGUGAAUGUGGUGCUUGGAACGUGCCUUUAAUUAACUAUUCUUUUCCUUCAGGAACACACGGGCGCUUCCUUUGGCAGAGAGAUGAACCAAAAUCCGAUAUAUCUGAUGUAUUUGAAACAUUUGUAGAAAACAUUAUUGAUCUUGGAUCAGAGGCUGCAGCCUACGUGGAGUCAACAAGCAAUGAUAAAGAGUAAGAUUUAUGCAAUGUUACAUAUUUUCCAGUCUCACUUACAUUAGUUAAUGGAUCAUGUGCAUAAAGUGAUGUGCUAAAUCAUUUAUAGACAAGUGCAAUUCAUUUCGGUCUGAAUUGAAAUUCGGCUGAAUUUCUGCAAUUUGGACAUCGGGAUGCUUCCGAUGGUCCGAAUUGCCAAAGUGCCGAAUUUCAUAAGUGACGAAGUGCUUCGGAUUUCUGAAAAGUGUCAAAACAGGAGAGGGAGGGAAAAUGAAGGGAAUGAUGACAGGAAUCUAACCCUAACCCUACCCCAUAACCCGACCCCAUUACCCUACUGCUAACCUAACCCUACCACUAACCUAACCCUUAACCCUAGCCCUACCCAUAACCCUAGUAGGCUUAGGGGUAAGGUUGGGAUUAGGUUAGGGGUAAGGUUAGGGUUAUGUGGUAGGGGAAGGGUUAGGAUUAGCGGUAGGGUUAGGGAAUUGCAGAAUUUCGAAAUUUCCAAAGUGCCGAAUUGCCGAAGACAACCAAAUUUUUUGCCCAUGCACAUCCCUACUCAUUUAUAAGAUUAUCCAGCAUGUAGCAAAUACAGUCAAUACUGUUCAUCUUUAGAAUGACAGGCAAGAAACUAAUAGAAAGUCUAUCUAUCUAUCUAUCUAUCUAUCUAUCUAGUAUUUAUAUAGUGAAUGCCUGGCAAGUCUAGCACUGAGUUUGCUUGUUAUGCGUCCUGGAUGUAACAAAGGCACAAGAUAUUGUUGCGUGGUAUGAUGUGUUUCCAUGAUAUGGGUGGCAAAUAUGUUAUAGGUGCUGGGUUUGACAUCAAUUCUGAGAGUGACACCACAAAAAGUUGAGAUAAUAAGAGUUGUAGACCACAUUCCCACCACUGUGUGUCACAUUAUCUUUAAAAACUAAUAUGUUUUUCACAAAUACCGAACAAACCACAUUUAGUACUUAAAAAAUAGUAAUAUCCUAAAUUUUUUUCCUGACAGGCAGAAAAUUAGGGAUUUAAUUGAUGCAUUGAAGACCAACUGUAAUGAUAUCAAGCAAGCAAUUAAAAAGUAUCUACAUUCAGCUUGGGUACAAGUGGACAAGGAGCUGGAUGAGAAGUACCCAGUGUUUAAGAAGAAAGUCCUUCCCCACUUGGAAGACUUUGGAAAACAAUGGGAUGAGUAUGCAUUGAACAUGAAGAAGGAUAUUUUUAUUUACACACUAAACUUAUUUAAUGGCCUAAAAAAUCAAGUGGAGAAAUUCUUUGAAAAUAUACGACCGGUUGCAGAGAAAGGGCGUGACAAAUUACGCUCCGAGGUAGAAGAACUGCGUAACAAAAUGGCUCCCUAUUUGGAAGAUUUGAAAAAGGAACUGGAAAAGAAUCGUAAAGAAAUGCAUGGUGAAUUGUCUAAGAACUAUAUUGUUCUGGUAGAAAAAGAAAUCGAUGAGCUAAGGGAAUCCAUAAAACCACAUUUAGAAAAUUUAAAGAAGAAGGUGAUUCCUCAUGCUAAAGACGUGGAGCAAUAUCUGGACAAAAUUGUUCAGGAAAUCAGAAAAAGUUUGUAUUCAGAUUAAAUAUAUCAGUAGAAUAUGGACUAGAAUCUUACUUGUAUUCUACCUCCAUGUUUACAGUUUAAUAUAUCGUUAGAGUUAGUCACAUUAUUCUAGAGGUGUUUAAUGUAAAUGUGGUGGGUUGUUUUUCGAUCACUUAUUCGUACGAUUAGCUGUAGUUAUUUUGUAUUGUUCCUUCAUCUACACUUACUAUUUAGUUUCUUUAGUUUUUUCUUUGAUGAUCUGAGCUGUAGAUUUCGACUGGGUCUGUAGGCUUACUCUUUUUGUAUAUGAAAAUAAAAUAAUUUUAGCAUUUUUGGAAGUUGUGGGUUAAUAUGUAUCUUAUUUUAUUUUUUAUGUCUGUCUUUUUUUUUUUUUGUACAUCUUUAUUUUUGGUCGUGCCUAAGAAAACAAUACAACCUGUAUAGCCACAACAGCAAUUGCAAGAGUAUUCGAAACACAAUGAAACAGAUAGCAUGAUAUAAAAAAAAUAAAAAAAAUAAAAAAACCUCUUUUAAAUCUAAGAUUUUUCUCAAGUCUAACUGCUUGUUCUCAAACAGUUGGUGUUUUGCAACCUAAGUUUAAAGGGGAACAGUCAGUUUUCUGAAAUUUACACCACUGAAUACAAAAAAACAAAAACAAAAAAACUUGUGUUAAUCUUUUUUUUCAUGAAAUUCUCUGUUUUCUUGUAAAUUUGUAUUACAGGAACACUAUGGGGUCAGGAACACAAACAUGUAUUCCUGACCCUAUAGUAUUAAAACCACCAUCUAGCCCCCUGGCUCCCCCUUACACCUCUAAAUAGAGUAAAAUCUUACUUUUGUUCCAGCCUGCUGCUGCUGGCUCUGCACCUGAUCUGCCUGCUUGGCUGACAUAAUCAGAAGUGGUGAUUUGAGCUAAUCACAAAGCUUUCUCAGAGGAGAGCUUUGGAUUGGCUAAGACUGUCAAGGAGGCAGAUCAGGGGCAUAGUCAGCACAAACCAAACACAGCCGUGGCCAAUCAGCAUCUCCUCAUAGAGAUGCAUUGAAUCAAUAUAUCUCUAUGAGAAAAGUUCGGUGUCUGCAUGCAGAGGGCGGAGACACUGAAUGCUAGUCACACUGUGCAGCACUGCCCCAGGAAGCACAUCUAGUAGCCAUUUGAGGGGUUUCCAGUGGAGGGAUCCCUAAGCUGUAAUGUAAACACUGCAUUUUCUCUGAAAAGACAGUGUUUACAGCAAAAAGCCUGAAAGGAAUUAUUCUACGCACCAGAACAAAUACAAUAGGCUGUAGUUGUUCUGGUGACUAUAGUGUCCCUUUAAUGUUUCAAUGGAUGAGGUGCGGAUUACAGUUAUUUUUCAUACCUCACCUAUACAUAUUUGUUAAAUAUAGAGAUAACCAAACCUAACAUUAAAAAUCUUGCAAACUGACAGUUACACUUUAUUCCCUUAACGCCGCUGUGCGUUCUAGGCUGUCCUGCAAAAUCCAAGCUUGAACUCUGCAGGAUGGCAUUGAAUGCCUCCUCCUCCCCCCACAGCUACAAUUACAUCCCUUUUCGAUCUCGGUCAGGGGGCUGCCUAAAAGCUAAGACAGUCUCCCUGGAGCACCUCUGUUGCCUCUAAGGCCCCUGUGGGCCAUGUGAUCGAAGGAUCACAUGGUCGCAAUAGCAGACAACAGAACAGCCUGCAGGAGUGCCUGGAAGUAAAAAUGUUUAA